AUGGCAGACCUCCGCGCGUCUAAUCACGGAACGGUGACGUGUGAGCGAGUCGUGCGGAUUGUGACCCAGGCGGAGAACGCGGCAGCAGCGGCGCAAGCGCCGCAUGUGACGCAGUGCAGCGCUCGAGCGGAAAACGCGCCGGUGUUCGAAUUGAGUCAGGUGACUCAGUUACCCUUCAGCCAACGCUCUAGUCAGUCGGAGCGCUUUCAAUCGCUGAGGGUCAGUCUGACUGCGUCCGCGCACGUGGUUCCGCCAACCACUGCCUCUGCCUGCGUCCCUUCCGCCGCCCCCGCGCCUGCGGCCGCGGCAGUCACGGCCGCGCCUGCCAGUUUCCUCUGCUUGUUAGAAAAACGACAAAAAUGCCACAGCAAGCACUCGCCGUCUGUAGCGCCGCUACAGCCGCAGGCGGUACAGCCUGCCGGCCUGGUACGUGCGCCGGAUUGCGCGCUGGCGGAGGACGCAGGGGAGCACGCGCACUCGGCGGAGGAGCUGGGGGAGCGCGCGCAACUGGCGGAGGGGCAGUUAGACCUGGCGGAACUGCAAGCGCGGGUGGUGGGGUCGCAGCUGCAGUUGCUGCGCGGAUUGCUGGCGGAGCGGGAGGAGCAGGUCCGCGUGGUGAUGGCGGAACUGGCGGGCAUGCGCGCACGGGUGGUCCGCGCGCGCAACGUGGCCGAGCAAUCCCCGCGCGGAAUUUGCAGGAGCCGUAGCUCCGCGCAGGGUAGUGUCUAG